AUGACACUUACCGACCGCGACGACAUUGCCAUCGCCCAACUCGUCUUCUACAUUCCCGCGGGCGGGGCGGCGACUUUCCUCUGCUUCAAACAUGGCUUCAAGAAAUCCGCCAGUUGGAACGACUUCAUGGCCAAGCCACGCCUGCCGGGCCUUGUAUUCAAGUCCCUCGACCUACUUUCGCUAGUUGGUCUCGUUAUAGGCACCGUCGGUGGUAUCCAGGCCAGCAAAUCCACCGACCGCCUCACCACCGUGGACCCCAAGUCUAAAGCCGCCGUCGCCAUCUUCUUGGCUAUUUUCGUCUUCGACGUGCUCAUUCUCGGCUACCUGGCCGUGAGCAUGUCGCGCAUCGAAGUCAGCGAGCGCCGCAUCUUGCCCGGCGUCGGUGCUUCAUUCCCCUUUGUCUUCGUCCGUCUGCUCUACGCCAUGAUCUAUGACUUUAGUGGCGAUCAGGACUUCAACUCCAUCACUGGUAGCAUCGCAAUCUACGUGUGCAUGUCUGUCGUGAUGGAGUUCAUUGCCGUCAUCAUCUGUCUGGUCAUGGGCUUCUCCCUCCGUGUCAGGCGCAAGAAGGACGAGGCCGAGAAAACGCCUGCCUGA